UCAAUUUUCAGAUUUUAUAUUUUAAUUUUUUUUCCUUCUCUCUCACACAAGCGAAAUUCCUUUUGGGGAAAAUCUCAACCCCAAAACACGACCAAAUCCCUAACCGUAUAUCGCACAAUCCCCUCCGCCGUUCAAUCGCUCCUCCACUGCCGUUCAUUCUCCUUCACCGUUCAUUCUCCUUCACAGUUUAAUCUCGAACUCUACAACCCCUCCGCCGUUGUUUCUCUGCUUUUCCAAGUAGAAGAGAAGAAAAUGGAAGGGAAGAGAAGCGUGCGUAUGUGCUGCUUAUGCAAUGAGAGAAGAGCAUCUCUUAGCAGACCUAAAGCUCUUGAACAGAUUUGCAGAGAAUGCUUCUAUCUUGCCUUCGAAGACGAGAUUCAUCAAAUCAUCGUCUCCAACCGCCUCUUCAUCCGUGGCGACCGCGUAGCUAUUGGCGCUUCCGGCGGUAAAGACUCCACCGUCCUCGCCUACGUUUUAUCGAAACUCAACCGCAUCCAUGAUUACGGCCUCCAUCUCUUCCUCCUCUCCGUCGACGAGGGCAUCACCGGCUACCGCGACGAUUCUCUCGAAACAGUUCACAGAAACCAGAUUCAGUAUGGUUUGCCUCUGAAAGUUGUAUCCUACAAGGAUUUGUACGGAUGGACCAUGGACGAAAUCGUGAAACUGAUCGGUCUGAAGAAUAACUGCACCUUCUGCGGCGUGUUCCGUAGACAGGCGCUUGAUCGAGGCGCAGCAUUCCUUAAAGCAGAUAAACUUGUGACGGGACACAACGCUGACGAUAUAGCUGAGACAGUUCUGUUGAACAUAUUGAGAGGAGAUAUAGCUAGAUUGAGUAGAUGCAGUUCAAUAAUAACAGGUGAAGAUGGACCAAUCCCUAGAUGCAAACCUUUUAAGUAUACUUACGAAAAGGAGAUUGUUAUGUAUGCUUAUUUCAAAAAGCUUGAUUACUUUUCCACUGAAUGCAUUUAUUCUCCAAAUGCAUAUCGUGGUUUUGCUCGCGAGUUCAUCAAGGAUUUGGAGAGAAUCAGACCCAGGGCCAUUCUCGACAUCAUCAAAUCCGGUGAGAAUUUUAGGAUUUCUACCACUACUAAAAUGCCAGAGCAGGGAACCUGUGAACGCUGUGGUUAUAUUUCUAGUCAGAAAUGGUGUAAAGCUUGUGUUCUGCUUGAUGGACUGAAUCGAGGUUUGCCUAAACUGGGAAUUGGACGGAGUCGGGUUGCUAUUGGUUGCAAAGAAGAAAAUGAAAGCCAUGGAGGAAAGAGCAUCGAAAGCAAACAGUGUGGAUCUUUAGACUUCUGAUUUUCUAUGUAAGCAUCAUAUAAAUCAGUGGGUUCUAUGUACUAUUGAUAAUCAAAGGUAACUGCAGUUAAUAUCUAUCGGUGAAUUUCAUGACAGUUAGUAGAGAUGUAGAUACAUCUGAUGACAAAAAGUAUAAGACAAAUAGACUUUGUAGCACAACUUUGCAUCUCAAGACAUUGAUCAAAACGAUAAGUCUAGAAUAGUUGCAUUAUUUGCAGAUUUUUUUCACAUCUCUAGCUUAAUUUUUGUGAGCAUUACUUUGUCCUACAGUUAUUUGUAUCCUUGUACUCAGAAUUUGUCGCUACAUCUCAACAAUGUACUUUAGAAUUCAACCUCAAGCAUUGGCUUGGAUAUCCUUGAGCAUGCAACUUGAGUUUUGGUAUUGCAAUCUUGCUUAUGUUCUUCUCUAGCAAUGGCUUUCAUUAAAGAAUGUAUGAAUAAUCCAACAAUGUAUUCUACUCCAUAUUAAUGUCAAUCAGUUUUACAAGCUUGGCUGCACUUUCAAACUUUUUACUUGAUUGUGUUUAUGAAGUUCUGUUUUGUUAGUUUUACCAGCGAGUUACCAAGACUUAUUGAUGGGAUACCACAAUAAGGAUGAAUGUUAUGACUUGUUUAUUACUUGUAGUACUGGUUAAUUGAUUAGUUUAACAGCAAUCAAUAUGAGGGUAUCUAAAUUAAUAAACUGGAAAAAAGGGAGGGGGUGAAAGUAGUCCAGGUCAUUUAAAUAUUGAACGAUAGAAUCAUGGUUUGGGAAGUCUUUUAAAUUAUAGACAGCCUGGGUAUUUUAGUCCAUAAUUUAGUUUUGUCAUGUAAACAUUUAUGGCAACUGGUAUCUUAUUACAAUUGAAUAGGGAAAGUUCCCUGGAUUACAGUUUUAUUGAAAUCAUGAAGCUGGUUAAGGGCGAGGUUAGGUGUUUUCAACUACACAGUAUCAUCUUGGUUUUACUAAUCUCACGUCAUGUUAUGGGGUGUUUCAUUUCUGUGGCAAGUAUGGAAGGGUCAUCUAUUGGUUUAUCUUAUUAUUAGAACAUGCUAAUAUUUGACAUUUCACUUUAUAAAAAUAGUUCUAUGUAUUACCAAAUAAAUUUUUGCAUGGAAACUAGUCAAGUGGUAUCCUUCCCCUCUAAAUGUUCUCAAGCUUAAUGUUGAUGGACCUCAUUAUAGUGGUAGUAGAGGCAUGCUUGUUUGUGGUGAUUGCCUUUUAAGACUCUAAUGGUCACUUCAUUUGGGGUUUCACAUGCAACUUUGGUAUAGUCACUUCAAUUUUGGCUUAGCUUUGGAGUUUAGUUCACGGUCUUCGUCUUGGAUAUGAUAUGUCCAUUUGUAAUGUUCUUAUCAGAAUCUUUGGUGAUUAUUAACAAAGUGAAACUGCUUAUAUUCUCCAUCUUGGUUAUCCCGAGUCUCUCAUCUCCAUCUUGCCUUGUUGCUGGAAGAAUCUCUUGCUCUGAUUGGUUUUGCUAACUGAGAGUGCUCAGUCAAACAAAUUUUUCAUGAGGCUAAUUAGUGUGCUGACAAGUUGGUACAUUUUGCUCAUGGUGGUGGUUUUGGUUUUGGUGUUAUGGAGUUGUUUCAUCCUCCUCCUUGAGUUUCACCUUUUUAUUUAUGAUGACUAGUCAUUAGUCUUUCUUUAAUCUUCUAGUGUUAUAUAAAGUUAGAGCACAGGUAUUUUGUCUGUUGCCACAUUGUUCCAGUGUUUAUCACAAAGUUAGCUUGGUGGCAAUAAUCAUUUUCGUUAUAACAAUAACUAAUAGCUGACAAUAUUAAAUAAGUUGAUGAUGCCUCUGAGAGGAAAGUAGGUUUCGGUAAAAUGAAUGUUGUUCAGCAUGCUGACAUGAAGAGCAUGGCGGCUAUAUCUCCAUAUUCUUUAACUAAUAGCAUCAUUGAAAGCCUUUUAUUCUUCCAGCAUUAAUAAUAACUAUUUCAGCCCUUGGAAUGAACUUCGUCUUGAUUGAUCAAACCUUUUCCCAAUUUUUUUUUUUUACUUUUUGCUAAUUUUCUUAGUCACUUUUUUGCUGAUUUGCAGGAGAUUAAUGACCCUGCAGAUAUCCAAAAAUGAAUGGUUCAUGGAAGUUGAUGAUAUUUGUUUGUAGCAAAUAUGUGAAUUGCUGGAGUUUUGCUUUGAUGUGCAAUACAAUUUAUCUUUGGCACAUUAGCAGCCCGCCAUCAAUUAGCUUUUCUAUUUACUCAUAUUCAAAAGGUUGCAGAAGCAAAUAAUUUCUGACACAUUCUUUUUUCAAGUGUCAUGGUGGUAAUGAAAUAAUUGAGUCUACUCAUUUAUUUAAAA